UAGUGGUCCCAGCAACAAUAUCGCUGAUAAGUUUUCACGGUAUAAAACCUGGCGUUGACCAAAUAAUCGUUAUUACCGUUAUUAGGUGCGGUAAGAGAAUGUUUGAUUGCGAUAAUAUGAGUUCUAGUUGCAAGUGCAAGAAAAAUGUGUUAGAAAAACAUUACACUUAUGAAGAAAUCGAAGCAAUUGCCAACUAUUUGAAAGACAGGGUGAAAAUUACACCACAAAUUGGUAUUAUUUGUGGAUCAGGUUUGGGUUCUGUGGGUGAACUGUUGACCGACCCCAUAAAAUUCGAAUACACUGACCUCCCCAACUUCCCUAAAAGCACAGUUAUCGGCCAUGAAGGCCGCCUCAUUUUCGGCAAAAUCGACGAAAUCUCCGUGAUUUGCAUGCAAGGCCGCUUCCACUACUACGAAGGCAACUCCCUGUCCCGAUGUGUGAUGCCCGUGCGUUUAAUGAAACUCCUCGGAGUUUCCACUCUCAUUGUUUCAAACGCCGCUGGAAGCGUCAACCCUGCGUACAAAGCCGGCGACAUCAUGAUCAUCAAAGACCACAUCAACUUCGUCGGUUUCGCCGGCAACAGCCCCCUCAGGGGGCCCAACGACGACUCCUUCGGCCCCCGAUUUGUUGCACUGAACAAUGCCUACGACCAGAGCAUCAUCAAAGACGCCAAAACCCUGGUGGAGAAACUGGGCUUGAAGGGCUUCCAUGAAGGUGUCUACGGUUGUGUUGGGGGCCCAAGUUAUGAAACGGUGGCCGAAAUGAGGGCUUUGAAGGUGCUAGGGUGUGAUGCUGUGGGCAUGUCCACUGUGCAUGAAAUUAUAACAGCCAGGCAUUGCGGGCUUGGAUGUUUCGCCUUUAGUCUGAUCACCAACGAAGGUGUUAUGAGCUACGAAACGGAGGAUAAGCCCGAUUGUGACGAUAUUUUGGCCGUGGCGAGCCAAAGAAAGCAAGAUUUGAAGAUUUUUCUCAAACACUUGGUGCCACACAUGCUCAAGAAAAACUAAACAUUAUUUUUUCGUUGCUACUAAUUGUAUUGCAGCUUCCACGUCCUUGUCAAAUUCCUCGGACUGGAGGAGCUCCAAACUGGGCUUUCCGCUGUCCAAUGCUUUCAAAAAGAGGUGUUUCGAAGUCUCCCAAUAAAGAAUAUUUCGUUUAAUUGCUUGAA